AUGCCACUCGAGCCCCUCCCACUAGAUGCGAAUGGACUUUACAUACUCCUAGAAAACAUAGGCUACGAGAACUCCUUCCAUUGGGGUUUUUACUUAGCCACGUCAUCUUCCGAUGGUUAUAUCAUCCACAUGACUUACAACGAGGCAACAACCGCGUGGAUCUUUGAGGAGAAGCUUACCAGCGACGUCGGCAAUUCGCCGUCCUUACUGGUAGCUGUGAAAAUCGCUGUAGUCGAACAAACUUUGCAGCACCACUUGGUCAGUAGACUGCGUAGUGCCAAUCGCCAUUUGCCAGCCUUGACUUGUCGAACCUGGCUUAUGAAUGCAUUGAAGGAGCUAGACGAUGAAGGCUAUAUCUCUCUCAUUAAAUCAGCCAGGUUUAUUGAGGGUGAAUGCAUCCAGGCUGCUGCAACAAAUUAUCGGAGUCGAGCGAGAUUGCAGACUGCCUCAAGUCAGUUCAAAACUUUCGUGAAUUAA